ACGCGAUGCGCGCUCACGCUCAGCUGUGAAUGGGGGGCUCAGUCCAGCUUCUGACAGCGAGUCCAGUAGUAUAACCGGAGACGCCACGGUCCCUCUCAUCCAGUCAGGUCCGCUGCUUUCAGACGCGCCGGUAGUCCACGAGCCCCGCUCCCUCCGGUAGUACACAUUCAUUCAGGAAUGAGAGAUGAUGGCCGGCUCUACAGCAGAGGAGAAAACCUUCCGACGGUUCCUGGAGCUCUUUCUCCGGGAGAUGAGAAUGCCUCUGCAGGAGAGCGACCCGCCGCCGAUGCGCCCCUUGUCGGACCUGGUGAUAGAGGAAGAAGUGGAGGGGGAAUGCCUCGACCUGUGUCUCCAACACCUCUACAAAUAUAACUGUCCCUGCUCCCUGGCCGCAGCCCUCGCCAGAGCCACAGCAGACAGCCUCCUGCAGACCGACCUCUCCAUCCACCACCUCAACAAGACUGUAGAAGAUGGAGCUGACCCAUUACCACAGAUGGAGUCUGUAAAGUUAGCCCGCCUGGUGUUUAACACACUGUUUGAGAUGUGCUGCCUCUGGCUGAAGGAGCUGCCUUUCCGCCGCCGUCCACAGCCAUACUAUGAAACCUCCAUCCACGCCAUCAAGAACAUGAGGCGCAAGAUGGAGGACAAGCACGUCAUCAUCCCUGACUUCAACACACUCUUCAACGUUCAGGAUCAGGAGGAACAGGCUUACUUUGCUGUGUUUGACGGUCAUGGCGGUGUAGAUGCUGCCAUUUUUGCUGCCAACCACCUCCACGUCAACUUAGUCCAUCAGGAAUCGUUUGGCCAGGACCCGAUCGAGGCGCUCUGCAGAGCCUUCAAACUUACAGAUGAGCAAUUUGUGAAGAAGGCCUCACGAGAGCACCUGCGCUGUGGCACAACGGGCGUGGUGACGUUCCUGCGGGGUCGGACAUUGUAUGUGGCCUGGUUGGGAGACUCCCAGGUCAUUCUGGUCAGGAAAGGGCAGGUUGUGGAGCUGAUGAAACCACAUAAACCAGACAGAGAGGAUGAGAAGCAGAGGAUUGAGGCUCUGGGAGGCUGUGUGAUCUGGUUUGGCACAUGGAGGGUUAACGGCAGCCUGUCUGUAUCCAGAGCAAUAGGUGACUCAGAGCACAAGCCGUACAUCUGUGGUGAUGCGGACCAUGGUAUCUUCCCACUGGAUGGUUCAGAAGACUACUUGAUCCUGGCCUGUGAUGGCUUCUGGGACACAGUGAGUCCAGACGAGGCGGUGCGGGUGGUGAGCGACCACCUCCAGGAGAAUGCAGGAGACACCACCAUGGUAGCCCACAAGCUGGUGGCCUCGGCCCGUGACGCAGGCUCUAGUGAUAAUAUCACUGUCAUAGUGGUCUUCUUGCGGGACCCACGCUGCCCACCACCCAGCGGCACAGAGGACGAGGAGGAGGGUGUGGUGGAAGGAGAGGUAGAGGAGGAGGAGGAAGAGGUAGCGGAUGUGGAGGAGGAGGAACAGGAAGAGGAGGAGGAGGAGGAAGACGAGGCAGUCAGGGUAGAACGCGAUGGGGGUGAGGGAGGCAGCACUGCGGACAUUGGGGGGAAGGGUCGCGGAGGCUGGCCCCUGCAGCAGUGCUCGGCCCCUGCUGAUCUCAGCUAUGAAGACCGAACGGACUCGUUGACGGACAGAACUAGCCUCAGCCUGCUGGGGCCGUCGUUGGAGGGCCGCAUCUCCCUGACCGGGGGCUUACGGCAGCCCUGCUCCAACUUCAGCCCCGACCUCUUCACAGCCUCCCACAUCUAUCGAGAAGAACGCCCACUGAGGCGCAGGUCCUGUAUUCCCUUUCAGGAGGCCAGCAUCUCUAGCUUCACGGACCCACUGUGGCCCCAGACAGCCAUGCUGUUAGGCCAGGCAGUGAGGCAAAGCCGCAGGCUCGGUUAUGGUAGUCGCCGGUGGAGCCGUAGGAGGCCAGGCGCAUCCAAGGAGCUGCUAGGCCUGUUACCAUCUGGCCACUUGCUGCCGCACAUGCGGCGCCACUCCGACCGGAGGCCCGGAGUGGCAGUGCCUCACCUGCCCCACAAUUCCACCUUCUGAAGAGGUGACCCAAACCAAACCAUCUCCUUCAUUUAUUCAGUCCUGCCCCUCAGUCCACCCACCCACCUCUGCCUUCAACAUGUCUUUCUUUGAUAGUAGGUAGUUGUGGCUCCUGCAGUCUCUACAUGAUUAUUGAAUCUCUGUCGGAGGAGUGGUGCUCUCUGUCCUAAACCGAGAUGUUUCCAAAUGUAAGCCGGCCCACUAAACACAAGCCCUGCUCCUUAAUGCUGUAGGUAAAGCGCAAAACUGCAUCCACUCCAUUCAUUAAGUCAACAUGAAGCCAGAGAUGUAGGUUGAUUAGAUGUGUUCAGACUAAAUGUAGGCUGCAUCCUUGUAUAAAAAUAUCAGACAGGACAACAGACAGAGUUUACUGUAUG